AAAACGAAAACAGACAUUGCUCGUUUAAUGUGUUACGCGCGUGUUAUAAUUGUAUUGUAAAGUGAAAAAGAAGUGAAGUAAAAAAGAAGAAAAAAAACAUUUUUAUCUUUUUCUCGAUUUAACUCUAGUUUUUAUCAUCUAGUUUAUUUUUUUGUUCGGUUUCUCUCGAAAUAAUAGAAAUAAAAGUUGAAACCCAAGAAGAAGAAGAAGAAGAAGAAGAAAAAACAAAGUCAAACAAUUUUCGGUUGGUUCUAUUACUGUUUUUGUGUUCAAAAAAUUGUCUCCGUUCUCGUUUUUCUUUCUCGUGUUUGAUAUAUUUGAUAUUAUCCGAAAAUCCGAAAAGAAAAUAUCGAGGCAGCGAAGGCAAAUUGGUGUUUGUAUGUUUUACACGAAAACGGAACGAAACGAAGCAAAAGAAAAAAUUGAAUGUGAAACAGAAGCGAAAAAUUGCAAGCAAAUCAAAAAGAAAGAAGAAAAAAACGCGAAAACAGCAAAAGCACAUCGAAUACAACGCAGACUAUCAGAAUUCCGAAGAGAGAACGAAGGAACGAAAGAAGGAAAGAAAAAAAAAACGAUUGAACAAUUCGAGCACACGGAAAAUAAUCGUGUAUAAUGUUGAAGUGAUUAAGUGUCGAUUUUGAAAGAGUUCCGAAGCAAGAGCGAGAGCGAGAACGAGAGAAAUAGGAAAACAUACACAUACACAGCGAGUGAGGCAAGGUUUAAAGAGGAAGACGACAGCUGAACGAAAGAAUAAAAAAAUGCGAUAGCUAUGAAAUUGGAAACGAAGAAGUUGUUUGCGUGGAUGGUGCAGUCCGAUGUUCCGACAGCAGCACCAGCAACAACAACAACAACAACAACAACAACAGUAACAACGGUAUAGUUCCUGUGAAACAGCGCGCAUGCAACAGAAUGUUGUUGUGUUCUGACAAAAGUGUGUAAAACAAUAGUGUAAUAUGGUAAAAAAAGCGUUGCGUCGACCAAUAGUGCGUGUUUUUUCAAUAGAAAUUCGGCAGAACAUGGAAAUCGGUGCAACCGAGUGUGGCUCAUAUUUUCAAUAAAAAAAAGCAGAGCACGAAUUUCGAGUGAAGCGGAAAAAGGGGAAGAGCGAAAGAAAAACAGCAAAUUGUUGAAUUAAAAUUACAGAAGAAGAAAAAGUUGAAUAAAAAAAAUAGUAAUUAAAACAAAAUCUCCGAAUCGAAUAAAAAAAAGGUGUUGAUACGAAUUGCAUUUAUUGUUGAAUAAUAUCGAGAAAAAAAGAAGUUUUUAGUGUUUUAGUGUGUUUUUCCCCCCAUCGAACAAGAGAAAGCGGAGUUAGUAUAAUAUUCGUUUCGUUUCUAUCGGUGUUUCAGUUUUAUUUUUGGGUUUAUUUUUCUCCGUUAAAUGAUUACUUGCUCUCGAAUCGAAUUACGAAUGCGAUGCAUUUGAUUUGUUUAAUGGGCAAUCGUAUAUUAAGUCGUGUUGACGAUACAAUUUCUGUGGAGAUAGCAACGUAGAAUGUCGUGUAGCGUAUCGGAGUUGCAGCUCCGAACAAGUGCAAGUUGUCGACUUCGUGGAUCAUCACAAGGUAGCGGAGGUGCUGUCAGUGCAACGGUCGGUGGUGUAACGCACGGCACCACAAAUAAUAUGGGCGGCCCAUUAAAUCGGCCACAAUCACAUAAACCGUGCUGUCUAUGUUGGUGUUGCUGCUGCUCGUGCUCAUGUGCGGCACUCAAAAAUGCAGAAGACAAUGGUCCAACGAGAAGAGACCCAGCCAGUUCGGAGCUAUUAUGUGACGGUGAACAUGAAAUGUCUGUAUUUGAUAGGCCCACAUUGGAAGAAAUCCGGAGUUGGGGUAAAAGUUUUGAUAAAUUGAUGCGAAGCCCGGCCGGUCGUAAGGUGUUUCGCGAUUUUCUUCGUUGCGAAUAUAGCGAAGAGAAUAUACUAUUUUGGUUGGCCUGUGAAGAGCUAAAAGUAGAAACAAAUGCCGAAAAAAUCGAAGAAAAAGCGCGAUUUAUUUAUGAGGAUUAUAUAUCGAUAUUGUCACCAAAAGAAGUAUCAUUAGAUUCUCGGGUUAGAGAAAUAGUUAAUAGAAAUAUGGUAGAACCAACGCCACAUACAUUCGACGAGGCUCAACUACAAAUUUAUACAUUAAUGCAUAGAGAUUCGUAUCCAAGAUUUGUGAACUCACCGUUAUUUAAAGCAAUUGCGCAAAUAGAAGGCGUCUCAGCGUCCGGUUCAAAAUCUGAAAGUCCAACUUAGAAAUUCAUUUGAAAAAAAAAAUCAACAAAACAAAACAAACAACAACACAACCACGGAUUAUCUAAUUUAAAUUUAACUAUAACUAUAAACAAGAACAACAACCAACCAAAAACUUCACAAAAGCACGAUUAGUAUAUAUAGUAAGCUAGUCAAAUUCACCAAGCAAGAAAAAUCGUACCAAGUUCAAAUGGAAGGCAUAAAGUGGAAAAACUAAUUUAAAUAAAAAGGCAAAGAAAAAAAUUUAACAAAAAUAUAUUAGAUGAUAUAAUUAGAAAAUAUAACGAGAAAUACCAAAUUAAACCCAAACAACAACAAAAUAUUGCUGAACACAAAUUAAAUGCACUACGGACGCAAUAUUUACUGCGCGCACGCACGCACAACUUUACCGAACGAAAAAAACAACACACUUCAUAUUUCAACGUCAGAUUAAAAAAAAACACACAGAACACGAAACAAACGGUGCAGAUAAAUUCCAGAAAUGAAAAAAAAAUACAGAGCUGAAAAUGUGAUUCAUGACAUUUUCAAUCACACGGCAAUAUCACUUUAAAUCGAUCGGUGUCAAGCUGGCAUUUCUGCCAUCUCUAACCCCUUCACUCUCUCUCCCUUCGCUUUGUGGUGUGACUGUUGACAUUGGCACAAUUACUGCAACAAAAUUAUGUUUAUUUCGAGAGCGAACAACAGCACAGCACAGAGAGGGGAGAAAAAUGCACACAAAAACAACACAACCAAAUAUGUUUUGAUAAGAUUUACAGCAAACAACGGACAAUUUCGCUAAAGUGGAAAAUUCAACAUUUUGGCAUUCAAUCAACACAUUCGAGAUAGAGAGAUGGAGAGAGAAGAGGGAAAAAACACGCAACAACGCUUGAUACAAUGAUCAUUUAAAGUGGUUUACAUAAAACUUUUGAUGUUGACCCAAAUAAAAGUUGAACACGACGAACAAAAUACAGAACAAACAUUUCUGGAACGUCCUCAUCCAGUUGAAAUUGUGAAAUUGAAAUAUAAAAGCGUGUAAAAAAAUUGAGAUAGAACGGAAGGGAAAAAAAUCAGCAGCAGCAGCAGCAGCAGCAAUCAGCAACAAACAAAAUAAAAAUUCUAAUAAUUGGAAUUCACACUUCAUGAGAAUGAUGUCUCAACAACAGCAACAAUAAUAAUGAUAACACGAUUCUUGCUGCAACCAUCGAAUGCAAGUUGAUGCAAAUUAUUACAGAUUUAAUAAUACAUUAACCAAAAAAAAGCACCAUAAUGAAAAUUGUGUAUCAAGGGAACUUACGAAAUACACCCACUCAUACACACACAUACACCAUCCCUCCCAUUCCCACAAAAAAAAACUUAAAAUUUAACACACAAAAAAAAGAACACUUUUAGCAUAAAAACCAAAUUAUAACGAGAAAAAAAACCCAAAUGAAUUAUGAACGUUGAGAGAACCUGAACAUAAUAUUGAAGAUAAGAAUGAAACACAAAUUUAUUAUGAACACCCAAUAAAUUAAAACAAAAAACCAAAUUAUUCUAGUGUCGAACUAAUUAGCAAAUUGUGUGAGUGUGUGAUACGGGCCUAAGAUCUAUCUAUGUAGUUUUUUCUUUUAAUUUUGUUCAUUUUAGCGAACCGUUAAUUUGCGUUUGUCAUUGUUUGUCUCCAUCUAUUGUUUGGUGGAUAGAAAAUGAAAAAGACGAUGAAGAAAAUCUUGUUGAACAAAUUUUACCACUGUCGAUUCUUCUUCACUCCUUUUUCUUCUUUCCGAAAAGAAAAAAAAAACGAAUGAUUUUUUCACUGCCUUUCAUCCAUUCACCGGAACCAUUCAAAUGAACAAGACCGUGUCACCAGUACAUAACGACCAUUUUUCGAAGGAAACGGUCAUUUUUUCUCUGGCGUCACGUCAGUGUGUCAUUGUGUUAUGAUAUCUAUGUCGCGGUCGGACACCCAUGACGCCUAAUUUCAAUGACACACAUACAGCUUUUAAAGCUGAAACUAUUGAGCAAUACAGUCCAACCGAGGGCAAUAGAUGAAGAUGAUGGUGACAAUGUGUAGAUGUUUUUUAUUUCCUUCUGGUUAUCAAGGUGCAAUUUCGAUGUAAUUUUGUUAAUUUAAUGGAGCCCCCCACCCCUACACACAGACAAAAAAAAAUUGUGACGAAGUGAAAAAUUCCGAAACCUUGCUGUUAUAUAAUAUUCGUAUUUGAUCCAUCCUAUUUAUUUAAACGUUUUAAAGAAAAAACCUUCGUUCGUACAAUUAUUUAUAAUUUUGUGUUAAGUUUCGUUCAGAGUUUUAUUUUUUGUUUUAUUUUCUAAUUUAUAACCGAUACAAUCGUUUCUUGGCUAUAAAAAAAAAUGUGUGAUAUCUACCUGUCAUAAUGUUUACCCAGUUUUUUCCUCUUUAUGCAAAUUCCACGAUAUAAAAGGAAAAAAUUAGAGAAUAAAUAUUUAAAGAGAGAAAACAAAGAAGAAAAACAAAAAACAAAUACUAAUAGUAUUAAUCUAUCGGAUAUAAAGAGAGCUAAACCAAUGAAAUAAUGGUAAUAAUUUCACAAGCAAAACAAAGAAUAGAAAGAAAAAAAAACUUUAAAGAAACAAAAAGUAAGCGAUUAUGGGUAUGUAAAGUAAAUGAAAAUGGUAUGCAUGUAAAAUACAAUUUUUUUUUCUCGAUGGGAUCUCUUCUGGCCCUGAGUCAGAUCUGUCACCACAGCCUUGACUUUGGGCCCCAUGCCAUUUCGAUCCGAAUCAACGAGAACUCUCAUUUACAUCGUCGAUCGAACUUGUUUAACAGAAAUUUUAAAGAAGAAUUGUUUUCGUUCGUAACUUUUUUUCCAUUUUGCACAAGAAGAACACAAAAAAGAAACAACAACAUCCCAGAGAGAAAGAGAGAGAGAGAGAGAGAGAGAGAGAGAGAGAGAGAAAUAUCAACAAAAUGUGUUUCCAGUUCAUGUGAUCUGAAUGUUUAUGUGAUUCUAUCGAGGGACAUUUAUCUCUUCUUAAUCAUUGCAAAUCUGAAUAAUUCGCUACGAAUUUUCAUGUAAAAUGCCAUGGAAACUCGCUAAUCUUUGAAUCCCUAGUUUUUAUUCGAAACAAGAUUCAAAAACUCGUGAAUCUCCAUGGAAUUUUAACUAAAUAAUUUUAAGGAUUCCAAACGAAUUCUUAGAUUCGGGACAAAUCAUCAGAAAAAGAAAUUUCAUCAAAGCAAAUUUUUAAAUUCACGACAAAUCAUCAGAAUUCGCAAUAAUUCAAAAGAAAUAAAUUUGCCUAUGAUUGCACAUCGAUGGCUAUCGAAAUGUCGAAAAACUUUCAGUGAACGCUAUGCACAUCAGCAAUAGUAUCAAGAUUCGCGUGCAACUACCAAACAGCACAACAACGCCAGUGCGUAUGACACUAAAGGCACUCAUUGUAAGUGAUGCCUGAACAGUAUGAAAAUAUUUCUAUUGCUAUCUCUAUUUUGUUGCUCUUUUCUCUUUUGUACGUGCAACCAAGGAAAAAAAAGGAAACAUUUAUUGGAAUAUUUCACAACAAAAAUGGUUAAAAAAUGAAUAAAUUAAUUAAAUAAUAAUGCCACCAUUGUGUUUUCGUACAAUCGAUAUAUUGUAUUGUACAGUGCAUUUUCUAUUUAAAUGAAUUUAAUAUUAUGUCAAUGAAUUAUUAAUUGAAGAAUCUGAAGAAGAAGAAGAAGAAGAAGACGAUGAUGAUAAUGAUGAACCAUAAAAAAGCAACCAAAACUAGCAACAUGAAUGAAUAUAUGGGCACGGUCACGCAAGACGAAACCACGGAAAAAAAGUUAAAAGUGGAGAAAAAAUGGUCUUAAAGUUAUUAGAUUGCUAUGAAAUUUUGCCCCAAACUAUUAUUACAAAAACUCAAUAUAUUCUGAGAAUUUCAUGGAAUUUGGAUUAUUUUUUCUUAUCAAAAUUGCGAUUUUUUUUGUCAUUUUUCGACUUUUUGUGGACUCUUUUUCGGGGGCAUAAAUUUCUAUCAAAAAUGUACAAAAUUAGUAGGUUAAAUACAUAUUCUUAAAGAAAAAGGUUCAAAUUUUAAUAUUCAGUCGACAGAAAUCACAUUCUUCUUAUCGCAUCCGGUUUUUUUUUGUCACGAAGUUUGUACUUGUAACGUUACUGACGUUUUGUGUAACGUUACUGACGUCACUUUAACGUCUGUAGAUCCACCAAAAAUAUGUUUUUCAGCGUAAUUACCAUUUCUAUCGUUUCUUUGAUCCUUUAUCUUUAAAUUCAUGGUUAUGACACGAAAAAUAAAUCGCUUGAUUCGCCAAUUUUUUUGAUAAUAUGAAGUAACCCCGAAAAUCACUUCAAAAAUUACGUAACGUUACUGAGAACUUUGAACACUUAUAACUCCGUAUUCACAAGUGAUAGACAAUACUUUAAGCCAUUGAAUUAUCAGUCUUGGGGAGUUCUAUCAUAUACAAUAGAAAAACUAUGAGUUUUAAUUAUUUUUUUGAAGAGAUAUGAGCAAAACGUUACUGACACACGACCGUGACCAUAUAAAUAAAGAAACAAAAAAAUUAUAUUAAAAAUAAAACAUGAACAAAUUCUCUAGAAUUAGGUGUUUAAGAAAUUUUUCACACAUACACAUACACACACAACCACAAACAAAAAACACCCACACACACACAAAAGAAUAUGUGAUUUAAAGCAAAAAAACAAAAAAAAAAUCAACAACUACUUGAUAAUUUAAUGAAAUAAAAUACACAAAGUCACAGCCAUUAGCAACAAAAAAGAGAAGAAAAAUUUAUGAAUAAUUAUUUAUUGGAAGAUGGAACAACGUUGGUGACAAUUGAACUGUUGGCGAUACACAGUUCUGAUAAUUUUGAAUGUAACUCAAAAUUUCGAGAUAGAGAAAAAGAUUCCAUCGUCUAACAAUUGCAUUGAAAGCACAACCGAUUGCACCAAUAUUGUUGCUACCUUUUUAGAGAGAUCAAAAAAGAGACAACAACCAAAAAAAAAGCAAACACAAAUAUAUUUUUUAAAAAAAAGAGAGGAAAAAAAAAUCCGUUUUUUUUUCUUCGAAACAAACUUAUUGAUUUCACUUGAUUUGUAUUGAUGAAUUUCAUUCUUUCUUAUACGUAUCGUAUAUAUAAAAUAUGAAAUGAGAUUCUUUAAGAGAGCAACAUGUUUUUACUAUUCUUUCAUUUAGAGAACUUUGUCUAUCGAAUUGAACAAAAUUGACGAUGAUAAUGAAUAAUUGUGUGUAAUCGUUGAACAAAACCCCAUAAAAUUUAAUUUAGCAAAAAUUAAUAGAACACACACGCACACACGCAUGCACACACAUUUGUUCAGAGCAAAAUACACAGCAUUUUCUUCGGAUAUGCAACGAUGUCAGUCAGUGUGGAAUAUGUGUGGGUGUGGGUGCGUAUGUGUGUGUGCUGUGUGUGCAAGAAGGAAGAAGAAGAAGAAGAAAUAAAUAAUUGUGUGACAUGAUGGUGGUUGAGAGAGAGAGAGGGAGAAAGGGUGAAUUUUCAGUCCAGUCCAGCCCAUAAGCAAUAUCAAAGAACUUACAAAGUUUCGACAAAAAAUGAACCCUUGGCUGGAUUUACAUUCAAAACAUCAUUUUUCUCUCUCUCUCUCCUCCAUCGGCCAUAAUCUUGAUGUGUGUUUGUUAUGGAGACAUUCUAAUCUGACUGACAUCAUUCCACCAUCAAUAAUAAAACCACACACACACACACACAAUUUAUAGUAGUCAAUAAGUAAGUUACUAAAAUUUAAAGAAAUUAAUUAUAUUAAUAUUAUGAAUAAUGAAACAAAAACCAAACCAAAAAAAAGAACAUACACACACAUACACACACACAUCCGAAAUGGACUAAAACAAAACGCUAAACAAUUUAUAUUUGGAUCAACUGAGACAAUGUGUUGUAGUGCAAAAAUUAAAAAAAAAAAACCAAAAAC